ACAUCCUACACAUCUCCCAGAGCAAAUCAACCAACACCAGCUACUCUACACUUCACUCUCAGCCUAUCCUCUCUUCUCUCCCUUUAACAUCAAUGGCAAAGUUCUCCAGCCUCUCAAUAAUUUUUCUCUUUCUCCUCUUGGCCCUCUCCGUAACCCAGCUCGCCCUCGCUCGUAAGGUCCCGUCCUCUGCCGCCACCCCGGCCAAAGCUGCUGCUGCUGCUGCCACUCCCGCCACCACUGCCACUGCAGCCGACAAGAAGCAGACGGACUGCCUGCAGGAGGGGACGGUGGUGAUCCCGGGCAUUGGAAGGUACAUGGUGGGAAGCGGUGAGAGGCCAGCACUCCGUGGUCUGGACCACAGCGUGCCAGCUGCAGUGAACGGGCAGUAUCUUCCUGGCGUCGAUGAUACUUUUGUUCCCAACCCGGGAUUCGAAAUUCCCAACCCCUUCCGCAGAAACAACCCCUGAUCCACUCCAUUGAAUCUAGCUGCUAAAUCUAAAUAUUAUUGGUGUGGGCUUCUUCGUCAUCAAGCUACAUAAAAAGAGAGAUUAUGUAUUAUUAGAGCCUCCUUGGCCUACAAUAAAAGUUAGUCCUGUGCUUCGAUAUAUAUAUAUAUAUAUAUAUAUAUAUAUAGGUCAUGUAAACUGGAUCUGUUCGGCUUUAGUAGCUAGGCAUCGUAAACUGUGUCCGUAGUUAGGAUAAUGUAAGAGUUGCCACUUUUGAGUAAGAUUUCUUCAAGCCUAGUACUUUGCUCAAA